UACAGGAUGCGCAGUAGUGGAGACUAAACCGUGAGUAGAGACGCCGAGGAAGGGUGGAUUGAGCUCUUACGUCAGAGGAACCAAAUGAUGCUCUGCGUGAAUCGCCUGUUCUUCAGUCUUGGUCUCAUCAUCAUUUAUGUUCACCGAGUGGAGCCAUUGUUUGAGGGGAAGAAGCUUCUGGCGGAACUGAUGAAGAACUACCAGAGAGGCAUCCGGCCUGUUGCUAACUACUCCCAGCCAACGCCCUUGAAGCUGGGAGUGGACUUUCGGCAAAUCAUUAACCUGGAUGAGAAGAACCAGAUUCUAACCAGUGACAUCUGGCAGAGACAGUACUGGAAGGACGACGACUUGAAAUGGAACCCCGAAGACUACGACGGCAUGACCUUCAUCAACAUCCCUUCCUCCUCGGUCUGGGUACCGGACAUCGUUCUAACUAACAGUGCUGGCAAGAAUCAUGACCAACCGGAAACGAACGUCAUCGUGAGGCAUGACGGGCAGGUCACGUGGCUGGUGACCCGGAUGUACAAGAGCUCGUGCCACAUCAACACGUACUACUUUCCUUUCGAUGAGCAGAAUUGCACUUUGACCUUUGCGUCAUGGACAUACAGUGGAAACGAGAUCAAUUUGACGCAUGAAGAGGUUCCACCCAGUAAGUCGUACUAUGUGGACAAUGACGAGUGGAAACUUGUCGAGAUUCACGUAGAGAGACAUGUUCAAGUCUACGAGUGCUGCCCGGAACACUACCCGGAAGUGACGUAUGUGAUCCAGAUCCAGAGGCGAUCCCUGUUCUACGUCACCAACCUGCUGGCCCCCUGCGCCCUGCUGUCUGUGCUCGCCAUCUUCGGCUUCUACCUGCCGUCCGAUUCCGGGGAACGAGUCGGGCUGGGCAUCACCAUCCUGCUCUCGUACUCAGUGUUCCUGCUGAUGGUGUCGGAGUGGAUGCCGCCUACUUCACGGACUGUACCAUUGAUAGUGGUGUACUACACCGUGACCAUGCUGUUGGUGGGCCUGUCUACCAUCAUGACCAUCGCCGUGCUCAACAUCCACCACUGCGCAGCCGACACCGCCAAAGUCCCCGGAUGGAUCCGAACUCUCGUCCUCUCGUAUCUCGCGAGAAUUUGUCGCAUGGACGUGCGCAAGUCUGAAAACACACGAACGAAUCUUGGCCACCAGAUUGAAAGCCCGGUCGCCAUUUUGAAACUCGAUCCAAACCAGCUCAGACGUAAUGAGGUCGAUUCCCUCGAGAUAAAAGAUAUCCAAAAAGAUGACGACAACCGAAAAGAAUCGAAGAACGAGACAGCUGUAAACAAUGGUCAGCAUAUCCACCUACUGGAUGCUCUACAGUCAAUCCGAAAAGAGAUUUGCAUAAUAAACGAAAGAUUCCAUCGUGCAGAUUCGGAAAAAGCCGUGGCAAAUGAGUGGAAAAUUGUCGCCAAGGUAAUGGAUCGAGUGCUGAUGAUCCAGUUUACGUUGGCCACGGUUCUGACGUGCGUCUGUCUGUUCGCACAAGUUCCGAACAUUAACUGGUAAUACCCCUGUCACAUUUGGCGAAAAUCGAUCGGACGACGAUUCUGUGGCAAUCGCCCGAGACUCGUUUAUGAAAUACAUUUGUAAUUGCACAACUUUAUUG